AUGUUAUUCGAUUUACAAUAUUCUUUUCAUCUAUAUUCGUCCUGGGACCGAACAGAUACCUCGACAGGUGGGAGAGCGUGGACUGCGCACACGCUAGCCAUCGCGGCUUCGAGGCCUGUCUUGAACAUUGGCCCUGGUCGACGGAAAAGGCGGAGUCCAGGAAGGGAUAGCCCUCCUGAGAUCUCCUCUUCGACGGGAGAGGAGCAACCCAACCUCCUCCUCCAAGAGAGGGCCAACUGCGAGGAGUUGGCGCACGUCGAGUGUCUGCUCGACACCAAGGAUCUCUGGGAGAAGUUCAACGAACUAGGAACCGAGAUGAUCAUUACGAAAACAGGAAGGUCAGUAUUAACAUAG